UGGACCCUACGCAAAUUUACCGGGAAAACGGAUGUUGCUCAGGUCCGGUGGAAGCUGACACUCAGUACUGUGAAGUGGCGGGAGAUUUGUGAAGUACAUAUGUGGAGUAAUAGCGAUCGAGCUGGAAUAAGAGGGCUGCUUUAGAAUGGAGUUUAAAAAGCGCAAUGGAGGCCCUGCAAUGGGCGGGGCUUCACAGGCCAAGAAGGGGAAAAUGAACACAGAAUGGGAGGAUAGUCCCUCCCAGUUUGAAGAGGAACUCGCUCUAUUUGAUGAAAUGGAAAUGGAGGCGGAGUCAGGGGAGGGGCAAGCAGGUCAUGAUGUCAUUCCAGAGGGUGACUUAUUCUCCGCUGAUCUCAAUCCACGUUGGAAACGACCUCACGCUCCUCCUCUACAACCAAUCUCAGACACACUAAUUUUCCAGCAGAUAGACCUGGAUUACUACUUGGGAUCUGCGGUGGCGGGAAUGCCCGGGCAGGUACAGGGCAAAGUGCCCAUAGUGCGCAUGUUUGGUGUGACGGACAGUGGAAAUAGCGUGUGCUGCCAUGUUCAUGGAUUCGCCCCGUAUUUCUAUGUUCCCGCCCCCAACGGUUUUAUAAAUGCACACUUGGCUGAGUUUCAGAGAGAGCUGAACUCUGCUGUAUUAAAGGAUAUGCGGUCCAAUAAAGACAAUAUAGCGGUCACUGUGCUCGCAGUGGACAUCACCAAGAAGGAAAGUAUGUAUCACUACCAUGGAAACAAACCUCUUGAUUUUCUGCGCAUCACCAUGGCAAUGCCGCGUCUGAUUGCCCCGGCGAAGCGUCUCCUUGAGCAGGGUUUUAAAUUUGCCAACUUCGCCACCCAGAGCUACCAGGCCUAUGAAGCCAACAUUGACUUUGAGAUCAGGUUCAUGGUGGACAGUGAUGUGGUCGGUUGCUGCUGGAUUGAGCUUCCAAAAGGAAAGUACAGGCUGAGGGAGGAGAGGAGCGAAGGACAGACAGCCUCAAAAUAUCCAGGAAAGGUGUCGCUGUGUCAGUAUGAGGUGGAUGUGGCAUGGAAUCACUUGGUCAGUCAUCCAGCUGAAGAAGAGUGGCAGAGGAUCGCUCCUCUCAGAGUCCUGAGCUUUGAUAUUGAGUGUGCUGGAAGAAAAGGCGUGUUUCCAGAGCCGGAGAUUGAUCCUGUGAUUCAGAUCGCCUCUAUGGUGCAGCGUCAGGGAGAGAAGGAGCCGUUUAUCCGGAUGGUCUUCACCUUACAGAGCUGUGCCAGUAUAGUGGGCUCCCAGAUUCUCUGCUUUACUCAAGAGAAACUGCUACUGCAGAGUUGGGCUGAGUUUGUAAGGACAGUGGAUCCUGACAUCAUCACUGGCUACAAUAUCCAGAACUUUGACCUUCCGUACCUCCUCAACAGAGCUGCAACCUUAAAGGUAACUUUCAUGAUGGCUCAUAAUUUAUGUUACACUACACUCCUGCAGAAAAGCCAGGUGGACAAACUCAGUCUGGCUCCAGAAGAUUUCAUCAAGACCCCGACAGGUGAUCUGUUUGUGAAGAGCUCUGUGAGGAAGGGCCUUCUCCCUGAGAUCCUGGAAAACCUGCUGAGUGCCAGGAAAAGGGCGAAGGCAGAGCUGAAGAAAGAGACAGACCCCUUUAAAAAGCAGGUGCUGGAUGGAAGGCAGUUGGCUUUGAAGAUCAGUGCAAACUCCGUGUACGGGUUCACCGGGGCUCAGGUGGGCAAACUGCCCUGUCUGGAGAUCUCUCAGAGCGUCACUGGCUUUGGUAGGCAGAUGAUUGAACAGACCAAGCAGCUUGUGGAAUCAAGAUACACGAUCUCUAAUGGUUACCAGGCAGAUGCAAAGGUCGUUUAUGGAGACACUGACUCUGUGAUGGUGAAACUAGGUGUGGCCACAGUGCAGGAAACAAUGAAUCUGGGAAAGGAGGCUGCCGAUUGGGUUUCCUCCCACUUCGUUCCACCAAUCAAAUUAGAGUUUGAGAAGGUGUAUUACCCAUAUCUGCUGAUCAAUAAGAAGCGGUACGCCGGGUUGUAUUUCUCUUCUAAUGCUGAACAUCAUGAUAAGAUGGACUGCAAAGGAAUUGAGACCGUCAGACGAGACAACUGCCCUCUAGUGGCCAACCUUAUCAACACAUGCCUCCAAAACAUCCUCAUUGACAGAGACCCUGAUGGAGCAGUAGCUCAUGCUAAAGAGGUGAUCUCUGACCUUCUGUGCAACCGCAUUGACAUCAGUCAGCUGGUCAUAACUAAAGAGCUCACACGCACCGCACAGGAGUAUGCCGGCAAACAGGCCCACGUUGAGCUAGCAGAGAGGAUGCGGAAGCGUGAUGCCGGUAGCGCUCCAAACCUCGGAGAUCGAGUCCCGUACGUCAUCAUCAAAGCAGCAAAGGGAGUGGCAGCAUAUAUGAAAUCAGAGGACCCCAUCUAUGUGCUGGAGAACAACAUCCCUAUAGACACACAGUACUACCUGGAGCAGCAGCUGUCCAAACCUUUACUGCGCAUCUUUGAACCCAUACUGGGCGAGAGCAAAGCUGAGAGUGUGUUGCUGAAGGGCGAUCACACACGCUGUAAGACAGUCUUGACAUCUAGAGUUGGUGGUCUCAUGGCUUUCGCUCAGAAACGAAGCACAUGCAUUGGCUGCCGAGCUGUGCUCAAAACUGAUGUGGCUGUAUGUGACUUCUGCAAAAAGAGAGAGUCGGAGCUUUAUCAGAAAGAGAUCGCUCAUCUGUCGACUCUGGAGGAGAAAUUCUCUCGUCUGUGGACUCAGUGUCAGCGCUGUCAAGGUUCACUGCAUGAAGAUGUGCUGUGUACCAGUCGAGACUGCCCCAUCUUUUACAUGAGGAAGAAAGUGCAGAAAGAUUUAGACGAUCAGGAGAAGCUCGUCUCCCGUUUUGGUUGGUGAUGGACGAGGAUCUUUUCUUUUGCCUUCAGCUUUCUCAACAUUCAUUCUUCAUCUUACCUCAGUGAAAGAGUCUGUCUCGCUCCAUUUUGUAAAGAAUCAUCAUUUUCUAGUCGCUGAAUAAAUAAAUAAAGUGCAUUUUUUG